UAGCAAUAAUGACAAUAAAAAAACUCAAAAAGUUUCCUGUUUUUGAUUUAUCUCAUUCUGCUUUUGUUCGCUUUAGUAUAAAAAGUCCUGGCCCAAGUAAUUGACUCCCAUUUGAUAACUUUUGGUCAUUGGCAAUGAGUGAAUGGAGAAGGGGAGCAGUAGGGCUGAACAGUGAGGGUCAUGCAGAGAUGUGGAUCCAGCGAUUCUUGUCCUCACUCAGCGUGUCCCUUGACUCAACCAAUGGCAAGGCCUGUGCUCUGUGUCAUGCCGCAGAGACAGGACAUAUUGAUGUAUUGAAACUGUUACUGAAGAAAGGAGUUGAUGUCAAUAGCUCUCCAUUCAAAGAGAAAAAUCCAAGAAGAAAUCGUAAUGUAAAUGCACCAUGGGAAGGAUCAUUUGAUUAUCCACCAUUUUCGACUGAUGAAGGUAGAAGAAAUAAUGCCCUCCAUUGUGCAGUCCAGAGCAAUCAGCUGGAGGCAGUGACAAUUUUAUUAAGAAAUGGUGCAAACAUAGAGACCCCAGGAUCUAAUGGUGGAACAGCUCUACACACAGCUUCUCAGCAUAGUGAUAUCUCCAUUGUGAUCCAACUACUGGAGUCUGGUUGUGACAUUAAUGCUAGGGAUAAAGUCAACAGGACACCUCUGUGGGUUGCUGUGCAACAGUCAAAUGUUGACACAGUGAAAGUGUUAAUUGCAUCAGGUGCAGCCUUGGAUAUUGCUGAUGAAGAUGGGAAGACUCCUCUGCAUGUUGCAGCCAGUGUCAACCAAGAUGGAGCAGAUGUGGCAAAACUCCUCAUACAAGCUGGGGCAUCAUUGAACAUGAUGGACAAAGAAGGUCUGACUCCCCUACUAACGGCUUUAAGUCAUCAACAAACCGCUAUAGCAAAUAUGAUCAUCAAUGCAGAAUAUAGCACUGAGCCUGAGCAUCAACCAACAUCAAGAUCUACCACUCUCAUAUCAGCUGCUGAACAUGGACUUAAAGAUGUUGUACAAUGUUUAAUCAAUAAAGGAUGUGACUUAAAUGCAUGUGAUCAUUCAGGAAAUACUGCUCUCCAUAAAGCUGUGCAGAUGGGCUAUCAAGAUGUUGCUGAAGUACUUCUCACAAAUGGGGCAGAUGUGAAUGUGAAGAACAAUGACCAGAAUGCACCCCUUCACUAUGUAGAUGCUCAUUUGCCCAUCUCAUUUGUACAACUGCUUAUCAAACACAAUGCAGAUAUUGAUAUUCAGAAUGAGCAUGGAAUGACCCCCUUGUAUCUGCAUGUUUGGAAACAAAGAAUUAAAGUUGAGCAACACCGUCCACAACUGUUGAAUACAUUCCUGUACCUUUUACAGCAAGGUGCCGAUCCAAACAUUUGCGAUAAUUUCCAUACAUCUCCAUUACAUAAGGCAAUAAGCACUGAUUUUUACUCCUGUGCUAUCACCUUAAUGCAGCAUGGAUGUCAGCUGGAUCAUAAAGCAAGUACUUAUUUAUUAAAAAGAUUUACAGAGGAAAAAAGACUUUCAAAAAUCACCAAAGAUCUCUUAACCACAAUGGAGUGUGUAUUUUGUACAGGGACCCAUCUUCCAAAUAUUCUUCCCCAAAUACAAAAUUUAUCACCAGCCAUCCGUGAAUUCUUUACAGCAUAUGAGAUGAAUCCCCUGACUUUGAAACAAUUAGCUCGGAUUCGCAUUAGACAAACACUCAGCUGGGGGAGGAUGCAAGGAAUAGAUGAUCUGCCAGUACCCAACACAAUAAAAGACUAUUUAUGGAUGAAGGAGUUUUUUAACAUGCUUGAUACAAGUUAAACAAUAUGAUUAUUCUCAUUGGUUCAAAAGCUCAAAAGUGCUUGUCAACUGAACAUUGCCACAUUACUUCUUUAGCCUGGCAAGAUAGCCAGAUAGACUUACUUUUAUUUUAACUCUAAAUUGUCCAAGGAACAGUUAAUGCAUAAGUUUGAAACAAUAUAAACAAUGAUCAAUACUGCACUUUGAAGAGCAAAAUAGGCACCAUUUAAUUUAUCCAGCAUGCCGAGAACCUGAUCAGAUCUUGCAUCAGCAUCUGUAAAAAUUUCAAGUUG